AUGAUAAGUCUAACUUUUGUUCUUUCUUUUCUCAUUGCGUGUGUUCUGUCAUCUCCACAACUUCAUCGUAGAUCUGAGAUCUGUGGAUCGCCUAACAAGAUUGAAUACACAUUCAUUCAAGAUCCUUUCCUUGGGGAUGUUGAUUACGGUCAGCCCGGAAUUACUUUUACGGCCGAGAAUGGAGAUGACAGUCUGCGCUGGUUCAUGGUGUAUCAGAACGCAAUCGACUUCAAGCCAUACCGAGCCAUGAAGAUCCCGUCGAACACGACCGUAUUCAUUGAUUUGACAGCAACAUGCCACACGUUCUCCGGCAGACUGGUCCGCGGCGCCGACAUCAAUUUCAACGGCGAAGCCCAUAACCUUGGUACAUGGGCAGAGGUGAACUGGGGAAACUACCCACUUGCCUAUGGGGGAGUGUCUGUCAUCGAAGGGAACGACGGACCGAUUCAGUUUCACUCCGAAGAUCCGAACACACCAGUCAUGGGAUUCGCACAUGAUAUCAUAUCUGUUGCACCCAAGCAAUGCCGAGAGAUCAAGGACAGCGGGAGUGUGGCCCUGAAGCCAACCGACAAGAACGGUUACGAUGAGGCAACACGCGACUACACCAAGCAAAUGCUGCGGACUGAAGAAGUUUCCAUAGACAAAAGCUCCACUGCUACGGUCAUGUCGCAUAAGGGAAGACCCAACCUUAAAAACGGCGUCGACCUUCAGCUUCAGUCUGCCUUCAAUGAUGGCAAUUGGGCUGUGGUGAUUCGCCUGGCAGAGAAGCGGGCCAAGACGUUCAACGACCAGUACUAUGAGAUUGUCAAAAUCUGCGCGGAAAGCCAGCUUGAUGAUCCCAGUUCCAAGUUUGCUGCCAUAACCGCUAUUGACAAGUUCAUCAGGGAGGAGACCGUUGUCAAGGAUGUUGAUGCUCUGGAUCUUCUCGAAUGGGCCGCCCAGGGGCUCAAUGAUGAUGAGGAUUUCCCUCAGACUCUUGGACCGUUGAGAGCACGCCUCGUCAAAGCUGCGCCAAAGGACAAGAUUGGUGCUAGUCGAUGUUUGGAGUCUUGCCUACUACAUUGGGAUCUUGUUAGUGCGCAACAGAUUGCUGCGAUACUGGACAGAUCCUUUGCACAGGACCGAACGUUCAUGUUUUGGAACAUCGUGAUUACACACUUGCUGGCGACAAGCCCACAAGCACCUCCAGAAAAGAAGAAGCUCUACGGCAUGCUCGCACUCAAACAGAUUCAACGUGCUGCGCAAUUGGCUGAACAGGACGCCGGCAACGAUGCCAAACCCCAAGCUCGAAGCAUCCAAACAGAAGAGGAGACCCUGCUGUUCUACGAUGUCACCGAAAAGCACGGCUCCAAAGACGACUUUGACAAGCUCAUUUUCAGUCCUGUCUUCAACCCUCUUGCACAGUUCCGAAAGGGCAGAAAAGAGUUGUUAUUGAGGACGAUCGUCCGAUAUCAGCAGGAUCAAAACUAUGAAGCCAUCUUCCAACUUUGCAAGGAUUGUUUGUCUAUUGAGGAUGAAAAUGGACAACCGAGCCUACUGGCAGCCGAUUGGAAGGUCUGGAAACAUUUCAUCGAUGCGGCUGUUCAAAUAAAGACAGUCAACCCGGACGUCGAGAAGAUUGUUCAGGAGUUGCUUUUGAAGUUCAUCGGGUCACCAGAUCUGCGACCCAUCUACAAGCGCAUCAUCCUCCUAGCGCGCCUUUCGGCAGCUUUCAAUCUCGUAUCAAAUGACGCGGAGGACAUUAUCGAUAAUGAGCCUGCGUCUUUCCGAUUGAAAGAAUUGAUCGGCUACAUCAACAGUCAAGGCACCAACGCCGCUUGCUUCGACGACAUCAAGGUCUUUGUAGAGAAACUCACAUCCUCUGCACUCAAGUACCUUGCCUACGACUUUACUACCAAACUCUCCGAAGAGACCGAGGAUCGGGACAAGUCAGCAAGGCUACGCAACCUCUCGCUCAAGUUGCAGUAUUUUGCGGCCACUUGCCCCUCCAUGUAUACUACGGUACCUGGCGAAAGACCUAUGCGUAGAUGCGUUGUGUCUGGCACGGAGGUGGAUGCUAGCCAGCCUGGACCUGCUUUUUCCGUCAUCGCCGAAACUGCACUUAAGGUCUAUAAGUCGCUAGCUUAUGUAUCCUCGAAGGACCGGUCUGUAGAAGCAGAGAUUAGACCCGAGCUAGCUGUUAUCACUGGCCUUUGCUAUAUCCAGGCUGCCUUCCCCCCUUCAACCGACAUCUCCAAUUCGCCCAUCUCUUACGCUCCUCUACUUCAAGCCUUGUUGUUGCUCGAGCGUCAACUUUUUUUGACUCCGAAGCACAGCAUCAUUUCCCUCCUACUAGUGCAGCUGCACCUUCGCGUUGGCUCAACGUCACGAGCUCGUGAAAUUUGGGAUACGCUUGGAGUCAAACGCACCAUCAUGGAUUCCUUGGCACCCAUCUUCUAUGACCGACUCUCUACUAUCUCGCCGGCUAUGAUAUCACCACAAGACGAAACAGGAUGGGAGCUCCUGGAGCUCCUCAGUUCGCACUUCAACGUGUCGCUGAAGCUGAGGAUGCCUCGACGAUUGAUCGACGCUUUUGAGUCGGGUAGUUAUAGUAGUGUGACCAGUAUUCCAGAAUACAUGGAGAAUCUACGAUGGAGCUGCACGCGAGCGAUGAGUCUUGUGGAAGAGACCAGGACUGAUCGCAUCAUGGGAGAGCAGUUCUCUGAGGUGUUUACUGAUCCCCGAUUUAUUGAAGUGACGGAUGACAAGAAGUUAGUUGAGACUAUAGACUACGGGUCGUUCCCUUCGUGGGAUUGCAGUUCUCGAUCACCCAUAUAUUCUCGCCUACGACUUGGACCCCCUCUGACUAACCGUCGCGCACAUUUGUCGUUGCUCUCCGAAUCCUUCCACGAACUCAUGAGCUACAAGCCUCCGGCCAUCUACAAGGCUUCUGCAGCAGCCGCCGUUCCUGAUCAAAUCUUCGUCCUCGAAUCACUCACUCAGCUGAGCGCUUCUUUUAUCAGGUUCUCGAAUGGCCCCAGCACAGAUUUCACUCCACAAGAGGCAACAUACUUUGAAGUCAUUGGUCUGCUGAGCACGCUUAUCCCAUUCACUACUGGCAUUAACAGGGUCAACCACGUGCCCGAAGAGUUUACUCAGAUUGUCGACACGCUGAAAAUCGCACUGGACACGCUCAAGCUUGAAAUUGUAGCUCCCACAACUGCUUCAGAUCAGGUCAAGAUCCUCAGCACAUUCCACUCCCUCGCUAUCAUCCGUGACACAGCAGCAGCAACAAAGAGCGCCGCACAAUGGAUAAUCGCCUUCAACGAUCGCGAAAAGGAGCGCGACCGCUCUGGUAAGAGCAACUUGCCAAAGGAAGUCAUGACGCAGAUCAAGGAAUUGGUCACGGUAUCUGAAGCGGCACUCAAGGAGGGCAAAGACACCGUAGCCAAGUUGAAGGAGCAAGUUUGGGGAAGAGACUUCGAACCUUCAGUGAGAAUGUGGAUCUUUGAAGGAGCUGAAGAUGUUACGGAGUUUGUGGGGCAGAAUGUUCUGAAAAAGCUUGUCAAGAGUUGGGAAGCAAACAUCAAGGGAUGGCUUGGGGUGAAAUGGAGUUAG